AUGAGAUGUCUCCUAGACUCGGGAAGCCAGAUAGAGGCCAUCAGCGAAAGGGCCUCUUCACUACUCAAGGUACCAUGCACCCAGGAACGAAUGUUAGUACACGGAAUCAAUGGCACUAUACAAACCAACAAACAGAUCAAAAUAACGCUCACGGCUGAUCAAGGAAAAUUCAACUUAGACAUGGAGUUGAUAGUAAUCCCCCACGCUCUAUGCGAACAACUGUCGGAGACAAUAGACAGCUCCCAGUUGGCAACCCCCAAGGGUAUUAGGCUUGCUGACCCAAACUUCCAUGUUAAGGGACCCGUUGAUAUUUUAUUAGGAGCGAGAGUAUUCUAUCAGGUACUUGUUUCAAGGCAAAUAAGGACGGCUCACGGGCCAACGUAUAUCGAAUCAAAGCUGGGAUGGCUUGCCGCGGGAUCACUUCACCUCAACGGCACGUAUGGAGCUCCUGUUAGUGUGAGUACUCUCUCAUUAUGCACUGAUGUAUCGAAAGGAAAUGCGCCACUGGCCACUUUAAAAAAUGUAAGGAAAGAGGUAAAGGGAACCAAAUGUUCAAACGAAGAGUUAAAUCGACUAUUCUACAAAUUCUACAAAGGAGAUGAGAUUGCAUCAGAGCAGGAAACGAAUACAAUACUCACAGAUAAUGAAGUUGAGCAACACUUCAAAACCACGCAUUUCAUAAACGCAGACGGAAAAUACGUGGUACGAAUACCACUAAAAGAAGAAAUAAAUGUACUAGGAAGUUCGCGAGAACAAGCUGACAGGAGACUUCUAUCACUGGAGCGGCGAUUUGCCCAAAAUCCACAACUUAAAGUUGAGUAUGAACUCUUCAUGAAGGAAUAUCUUGAUCUAGGUCACAUGGAUUUAGUCAAGGAAAAGGAUGAACACAAAGUGAUUUACUACAUACCGCACUCUUGUGUGGCUAAACCCGACUCUACAACUACUAAGCUAAGAGUGGUUUACGAUGCUAGCGCUAAAACUACCACUGGGAAGUCUCUAAACGAUAUACAAGCUAUUGGCCCAGUGAUACAGAAGGAUCAAUUAGAUCUCUUGCUCGAAUUCAGAGGGGAGGAUUACGUGUUGAGUGCCGACAUAACGAAAAUGUAUCGACAGACAGGUAUCGUCGACAGACGACGAUACCUGGAUGCAAUGUAUUCGGUAUCGCUUCAACAAAAACGAACCGAUAAGGACCUAUCGAUUGAAAACCGUAACAUACGGUGA